AAAAAGAAAAAAGAAACUUGCUAGAUAGCCUGCGUGGUACACACGAGCAUAUGCAGUUAGGCUAUGUUUAAGAGAAAAUGAAACUGAAAGAAUAAAGGUCUUCCUUCAUUUAUGAAAAUGGCUUCGAACUAUCAAGAGGAUUCAGAUGAAGGCAGCAACCUACAGUCUAGUGAAAGUUGCGCAGAAUACAGUGACAGUGACACAGAUUCUGAGGCAGCCAGCGAUUCUGAGUCUGGCUCUGGCUCUGACAAUGAAGAAGAUCCACAAACAUCUAGCAAGCGGAGGGUCUGUAAGUAUUACAAUCGUGGUCGCUGCAGUUAUGGAGACAAGUGCAGGAAUGAACACAUCUGCAGUGACUUCCUGAAGGAUUCGUGCAGGUUUGGUGCCGGGUGUCGUCUCAACCACAACGUUCAGAGUUCAUCAGCAAGACAAGGCAGAAGAAGAAGCAAGCCCUCAUCUGCAGAAACAGAGAUUGAUGAAGAAUUUGAUGGGCCCUACAAAUGGCAGUUGAAUAUUGGAAAGGGCUGGAAGAACAUCUCCAAUGAUCACAUUCUAGAAGCCCAGUAUUCACUCCCCAACACAAAAGGAAUCAAGAUCUUUAACACCCAAGCUGGGGUUAUUUCUAUUGAUUUCACUAAAAUGAGAGUUCUUAAGAAAACAAAUAUUAAAGUGCGGCGCAUGAGCGCAAAAGAUACAGAAUGGCUGUGGUAUUACAGAGGUGACCACUGCUGGUAUCAGUAUGGAGAGAAGGGCAAAGCCAGCCCAAUUCAAAGCUCAGAACUGGAGAAGGAGUAUCAGAAGAACCGCCGGGGCUCAGUAAACUUCACCGUCGACUCUACCCAGUAUGAGAUUGGCUUUAAAGAAAUGCGUCAGAGUAAUCUAUCUACAGGCCGUAAGAGGCGGGUUAGACGCCGCCCUAAAUAUGAACCGCCUCAAAACGCAGGAUUACGUGGAAUAACCUCCCAGUUAAAAAACAUGUUCAGCCCUUCAUCAAAUAAAGCUCCAGAGUGGCAGUUUAAAGGGAAAAGUCAGUGGUACACCUUCCACAAAACGGGUGGUUGUUCAGUCUCAAGUGCUGACAUUGAGAGUUGUUUUCAACAAAACCAAACAAAGAUGAAUUUCACUGUGAACGGCGAUAGUUACACUCUGGAUUUUGCAAAGAUGAGUCAAGUUAACCAGAGAACAAAGACUGAACGCAAGAUCAGGCGCGUGUAGAAGCAGAACAAACAAGCAAAUAAGAGUCAAAUCUGGGGUGGAAGUAAACAAAAGAUAUGAAUGUUAGUGAUUGUGAUUUUGAAUGUUUUAUCCAGAAUUAUUGCCUUCUUUGGUAAACUGCCUGUGGAAAAUGGAAAUUCAAAGUCUUUAUUCAGGUAUUUUGACAGAUGUUAAGUUAAUAUGAAUAACUUUAAAUGCUGCUCCCCACAUCAACUUGAAGACAAAUGAAAUGUGCCUAAAACAACACAAAGCAUAUUUUUUUGCUUUCUGUUUAUCUUAAAGAUUGACAUACUGCUAUCAUUUUUGAUUAUUCUAUAAUUACUCUUACUAACCAAUGUGCCUGAACAAUACACUGAAACAUUUUGCUAGAAUUUAUUCUAAGUGCCUUUUGGUAACCGCCUUAGAACCAAUGUUUACACACAGCUUGGGAAACUUUUUCAAGUUGAACACUUUCAUUUUCCAUCUUUAGCAUUUCGAUGCUCAAAGGAUUCAAAAUCAUGUGUGAAUAUUGAACAAUGUGCAAUAUCAUCUGAUACACGAUGCAGCAUUUUUUUUUUUUUU